AUGGCGGACAAGCGAUACACCUUUGCAUUUGUGUUCCCCAUGGCCUCCGGUCACUUGAACCCAUCCCUGCCCAUGGCACGAAUGCUGCUAGAAGAAGGGCACCAAGUACACUACCUCUGCAGGGAGCCCAUGCGUGAGGCCAUCGAAGGCUGUGGGGCCAGCUUUUCCUCAGCUGUGGAUGAGGAGACGGAGCUCUACGAUGGCCGUGAACAGGACUUCUUUGGGUGCCUGGAGGCUCUGAAGACGGAACACGGCCUGCAGGAGGAGCCGAUGCUGUACGCGAUGAUGAAGCUGAUGCCAAUUCAGAUGGAGCUGCAGUUGCCCGGUUUGCUGCGCUGGUUGCAGAAGAUCCGGGCGGACGCGGUGGUGUACUGCCCGCUGGUGAGCCGCGAGGCGGCCUACGCGGCGCAGAUCUUGGGGCUGCCGUCGGUGAGCUUGCUCACCACGGCCGGCCCAGGGAGCAUGGUGACGUCCAUGGAGGGGUUGCUGCGGAUGAUGGGAGCCUCAUUGGAGGACGCAAGGGUCACAUUGAAUGGCUUUCAGCCGGUGCAGCAGUGUGUUGCCAGGAUGAAGGCGAGGUGGGGCAUCCACGCGGACGUCACGGAGAGCCUGCGGACCAUGGGCUUCAACCGGGUCUUCGCGAUGAGCGCCGUGACGUUGGUCACCACCUGCGAGGAGCUCCAGGACCCACUGCCCUCCGAGCUCGGGGAGAAGUACCGCGUGGAGGCCGCGCGCUUCGUGGCGGUGGGCCCGCUGCUGGACCAGGCUGGUGCCACCCGGGCGGCAGGGCACAAGCUGAAGACCCAGAAGUCCACAGAUAGCCAACAACAGUCGGAGGCAUCGGAAUUGCUGGAGUCGGUGAAGGCUGCCAAGGCAGCAGGGCGUCGGGUGAUCUUCGCCAGCAUGGGUACCGUGAUCACGGGCGACAGCUUGGAUUUCGGCUGGGAUGUUAAGCUCCAGAACAACAGCGGCCAGCGCAAGGGCCUCACUGGCAAGCAGCUUUGCCAAGCAGCUUGGAGUGGCGUCUUUGACGCCUUUGGAGACUCGGAAGCUCUGCUCGUGGUUUCUGUGGGCCCGCAGCCCGAUGCCCUGGAGGGCCUGGAUGUGCCGUCCAACGCCCUGUGCAGAGCUUCGGUGCCCCAAGUGGAUCUUCUCCAGGCUGGGGUCGACCUCUUCCUCACGCACGGCGGCCAGAACAGCUUCACCGAGUCCCUGUCUGCAGGAGUGCCCGUGGUGGUUUGCCCAGGCUUUGGAGAUCAGCCCGUGAAUGCCGAGAAGGCGGUCGAGCUGGGCGUCGGCUUGCAGGUGCCGCGGCCCACGCCGGAGGGCGACGCUGAGGAAGCGGCCGCCAUCGCCGGUUACCGCGCGGACGUGCGGCAGGCGCUGCUUCGCGUGGCCGCGGAGCCGCCCUUCGCGGAGCGCAGCGGCUGCUUCGCCAAGGCGCUGCGGGCCGGGGGCGUGCCGCGCGCCGUGCAGCUCACGCUCCAGGCCGUGGAGGACGCGAAGGCGAAGGCGAGGCUGCCGGCGCUGCUGGGCGCACCGCAUCCGACCGCGGGUCUGAAGCCGGCCUGUGUUCAGGCAGCUGGCCUUGUCGGUGCAUGA